AUGUAUAAAAUAAGAACAACUACAAUACUACUUGUAUGUACACUCAAUCUAGAUAUCGAGAAAGACGACAAAUAUAAAUUAGAAGACAAACCGGAAUGGUAUUCAAUCAAUGAAAACUUUCAAAUUGAAAAUGGUUUAAAUAAGAAUGCAUUGGGAUGGGGAUAUUAUAAAGUUGAUAUCGAAAAAGAUGGUUGGAAUAAAUUGUAUAUUGAAAUGAAUUCGGAUAUGAAUUCUGGAAAUGCUUCACUUUACUAUGCUGGUGCUGGUUUCUUGGAGGGAUAUCUCACUUGGAGUACCACUUAUAAUUACUCGGUGGCAUGGAUUGCCAAUGAUAUUGUUGGUCAAGUCGACUCCAAUCUACUCAAUGAGUUUAUGCUGACCAACUACAAAUGGAUGACGAACAAUUUCGGUCCGUCUUCAUCUUCGUCGCUCUACGACCAACAGGUCUACAAUGUGAUUCAGCAAUUCGAAGGUUUCGCUAAAGGUUACCAAGCCGGUGCAGAUUCUGACAAGCAGCUGGAUUUCGAUACACUGUUGCUUCUUCAGUUGGCAGGUGAUCUCGACGAUAUCAUAGGAUACCUCCAGUAUGAAAGCGCGCCAAACAAGACGGAAUAUAUUUCCAGAACGAUGACUCUGGAACAAGUGGAACGAUUGAUGGCUACCAAAGGUAGAUGUUCGGCGCUGGUGCGUGUUCCACCCGAUUUCUCAGAGUUGUAUAUCUCCCAUACAACAUGGGGAAGUUACUUCACAGCGGGAUACCGUAUUUUCAAGAGAGUUAUUAUUCCCGAUCCAAGUGUGCCAGGAACUGAGGUUGUUUUUGCUUCGUAUGCCGGUGUGCUGACAUCGGACGACGACUUUUUCCAGAUCCCAACAACUCAACUCGUUUCUAUAGAAACAACCAACAACGUUCUCAACACUUCACUCUACCAAUAUGUCACAGCCAACUCGCUAAUGUAUUGGGUGCGUUCACUCGUUGCCAAUCGACUCUCCAACACCGGACAAGAGUGGACUGAGAACUUCAUACAAUACAACAGUGGAACCUAUAACAAUCAAUGGAUGAUCGUUGACUACAAGCUGUUCACACCCUUUGAAAUUCUAAAGCCAAAUACUCUCUGGAUUAUCGAGCAGAUUCCGGGUGACUACACUUCACAGGAUAUGACAAGCUAUUUGGCACUUGGAUAUUGGCCGUCGUACAACCGUCCUUACUUCCCCGAUCUCUACAAUGCACUGGGAUACAAUUACUACGAGCAACUCUAUGGCGAUGUGUUCACCUACGAGUUGAACCCACGUGCUAAAAUUUUCAGAAGAGAUAGCAAUCAAGUGUAUUCACUAAGUGACAUGCAAUCAAUCAUGACACGAAACAAUUAUAAAACCGAUCCAUUCAGUCAAGGCUAUCCAGGAAAUGCUAUCUCAGCACGCUACGAUUUGGGAUCGGGUCCAAACGAGCCGUUCGGAUGGUCAUACAUUGGACCACAUGGAGGUAUCGACUCGAAAAUCUCAUCUUACGCUAUGAUGCAACAAAAUCUGAUCUCUUCUAUUUCUGGAAUGACUGUCACACCCGAUUGCCAGCCAUUCAAAUGGAGCGACUGGGACAUUGGCCAUUCAAACAACACUCAAGUUCACAUUGGAUCACCCAAUACUUUCAAUUUCAAUUGGAUAACAAUUGAUAUUAAAGAUAAAUAA